AUGUCGCUCAGUCGCAUUCUCAACGAGGACCCUUCACCGUCGUUACCCACGCUUCCCACUCUCGUUGACUCCCCUUCUGCAUCGACUAGUCGCACUUCUCCACCACUUCACAUGAACCUCGCCGAGCCACCGCUACAGCCAUUUCCGGAGCGUGAACCCUCAACACUCCUACCAGACUGGGUAGACGAGAAUACUCGCCCAGAGGGCGAUUUAGAGCGUUCUAUGCUUCAUCAUCCAUCAACCAAUGGCGAGCACGACCUCCCACCACCUUCACAUUAUAAGACUGUCGCUGGCGAGGCACUGACACGACCUAGUUCUUCAGAUCUAGACGGCUGUGAAGAUAUCUGGAAGCAGGAGUUAGAGGACUACAAGAGAGCAACGCAAAAACGCCAGAGGGAGGUUGAGCAAUGGUUUGAGAUUAACGUUGUGGAGCGCAACAAGGCUGUAGCCAAGUCCAUGUCGCAUCACUAUGCGUCCAAGUUGGCCAAGCUCCCAGGCAAUCAUCAUCGCCGCCGUUCGCUUUCGCCCGUUAGCUCUUAUGGUUUCAACGACAAUCCCUUCCCUGCACCCGAGCUAUCUGCCCCAAAUUAUCGCGACUUUGACGGUUACGACCCACCACCUCGCGACAUACCAGCACCCCAUACUUCUUAUACCGCUCAAGAAAAAGGCAAGGGGAAGGAGAUACCAAAACGCGUCGCUCCUGAACGUGUAUCGGAGGUGAUUGGUAAUGACGAAUUCCCUUCCGUCUCGAGGCCAGCCAAGAAACGGAAGGUCGAUGCAAACCCUGCCAUAGAUGACACCAGCAGUACCAACGGAAUGGACAUGCGACCAGAUUGGAAUACAGCCUCGCUAUUUAAUCCACCACCAUUGCGACCACCGAUACCUUCAAACGGUCUAGCGACUUCCGAGAAGCCUCCGAGAAAGAAACCUGGGCCUAAGAAAAAGAGCAACCUAGGACCUGACUUCGAGCUUGAAUUGGCCUCUCAAGCUGCUUCAGCCUCAAGUGAUAUUACACCUGCCCUUUCAAGACCUCCAACCCCGCCACCACUGACAACACAGUUCUACUUCGAAUUAGACGAGACCAUCCCGCCUCUGAAGAAGGCAAAAAAGGUCGAUGAUGGCGUUAUGGUAAAACGGGUGAAAACUCUAGAGGAGUCUCAACGCAAAGUUUGGACCAGUAUCGCGAGGAGAGAGGUUGCGAAGGUGUACAAGUACCACAACCAGGGGUAUACCGCACGGCUAAACCAAAUGGAACGCAUUGCUAAGAUCGUGUCUGGGCAAGCACGCAAACCAUUUGCCAAGUCGAACAAGUCAACGAAGGACACGCAGACAAAGGCAAAACGAUUGAUGCGGGAAAUGCAGGUGUUUUGGAAAAAGAACGAACGGGAGGAACGCGAUGUCCGCAAGCGCGAGCAUAAGGAAGCCAUGGAUCGACUAAAAAUGGAAGAGGAGAAGCGCGAGGCAGCGCGCCAGGCCCGCAAACUGGAGUUCUUGAUCAGUCAAACCGAGUUAUACAGUCAUUUCGUUGGGAGUAAACUCAAGACUGCGCAGGUAGAAGGAGAGCCUGACACUGAAGCCCCAGCUGGCGCUGACCUGGCAGACGUGGACCCCACUUCCUUAACGGACAUCAACUUUGACGAUGAUGAUCAGACCAACCUUCGUCUUCAUGCCCGUCACAAUGCGCAGGAAGCUCUAGCACUGGCUAAGCAACGAGCUCAGCAAUUCGACGCUCAGGCCGCAUUGGAUCGAAAGACUAAUGAAGCUUUGAAGUUAGCAAAAGGCCAAGCACAUAUCCAUGACACUCAAGACGAAGGAGACGGUGCAUCUGCACCUCUCGUGGACCUGGACUCAGACGAGCUCAAUUUCCAGAACCCCACCUCUCUUAGUGGCGCGCUCACGAUUGGGCAGCCUAAGAUGCUAAUGGCGCAACUCAAAGAAUAUCAACUAAAGGGAUUGAACUGGCUUGCGACGCUAUACGAACAGGGUAUCAAUGGCAUUCUCGCUGAUGAGAUGGGUCUCGGCAAGACAGUCCAAUCUAUAUCUCUCCUCUCUUAUCUCGCGGAGACGCAUGAUAUUUGGGGACCGUUCCUUGUUGUGGCUCCUGCUUCCACGCUCCAUAAUUGGCAACAAGAAAUCACCCGUUUUGUCCCAGGACUGAAAGCACUGCCGUAUUGGGGCAAUGUGAAGGAUCGUACAACACUACGCAAGUUUUGGAGCAAGAAGGAAAUCACGUAUAACAAGGAUGCGCCAUUUCAUGUUCUCAUCACGAGUUACCAAUUGAUAACACAAGAUCAGCAGUACUUCCAACGCGUCAACUGGCAGUAUAUGAUUCUCGACGAAGCCCAGAAUAUCAAAAACUCAUCCAGCGUGAGAUGGAAAACCCUGCUCGGAUUCCAUUGUCGGAACCGCUUGUUGCUAACAGGCACUCCAAUCCAGAACUCGAUGCAAGAACUGUGGGCUCUGUUACACUUCAUCAUGCCCAGCUUGUUCGACUCACAUGACGAGUUCAACGAGUGGUUUUCGAAAGAUAUCGAAAAUGCGGCAGAAAAUAAGGGCAGUAAACUCAACGAACAUCAAUUACGCCGUCUGCACAUGAUCCUGAAGCCAUUCAUGCUCCGAAGAAUCGAAAAGGACAUUUACGUCGAUCUCAGCGCUCGCCAGCGGGCACUCUACAAGGCGCUACUUGCUAAUGUCUCUGUCGCCGACCUCUUGGAAAAGGCUGCCAAUAUCGGCGAUGCUGAUUCCGCUCGUUCCUUGAUGAACCUCGUUAUGCAAUUCCGAAAGGUUUGCAAUCAUCCCGAAUUAUUUGAGCGAGCAGAUGUUGUGGCCCCAUUCGCGUUUUGUCACUUCGGACGCUCCGGCCCGCCAUUGCGAGACGGAGACUUCGUUCACUUGCCAUAUUCGACACGGAAUCCCAUCAAACUUACCAUCCCGGAGCUCUUUUAUCGGGAUGGAGGACUUGUGAACGUGCCUGGCACAUCCAUAAACUCUAGCUCCUUACAGCAUAGUAGCUGUCUUCACACUCUCCUCAACAUAUGGACCACUGAUUGGAUACAUCGCUCUCUCUAUGAAGAAAGCAAACCCUCCUCCUCGUUCUCCUUCUUGCGCUUCUUGGGCUCCUCCGAACAGGAAGCCCACACCUUACAUCUAACUCCAUUGAUCAGCAGACGACUCAAAGCGACCCAUCAAGACUCAAUUUCGGUCGUACAAGGUCCUUAUUCGUCGGAUCCUAUCUUUGCCGCAUCUGCAGGCACUAGUCUCUAUACUUUGCCUGUCCCUGCUUCGCGUUUGCAGUGCUUGGAACGUGCUGACGGCCUUCCCAACGUCUUGUCGAUAGCCAAGACAGCUUGGACAACAUCGUGUCUGUCUCGACCAGAAUUACGUUGGUUUGUACCAGCUGUUGUUGCACCACCUAUCACGCUCUACUGCAGUGACCGCGUUUUCCUCGAGUCUGAAACCCAAAUCCUUGAUGCCCCCCUGGAAUCUCUCGCGCUCUAUGGUUUAACGCCUGAACGGCGGGAAUCACAACAAGCUUGUGACCAGUAUAGGCUGAUGAUGUCUGGCCUCCCACCGAGUGGCCUGUUGGGCAAUUCCUCAGCUGAUCAACUCCCGUUGUCCACCAUGCAAGUGCCCGAGGCGAAGAGGUUGAUAUACGACUCGGCCAAACUGGCCAGGCUUGAUCUCCUCCUCCAAGAACUCAAAGCAGGCGAUCACCGCGUCCUGGUUUAUUUCCAGAUGACUCGUAUGAUGGACCUCAUGGAGGAGUACCUUAUUUAUCGCCAAUACAAGUAUCUUCGUCUUGACGGAUCGUCCAAGUUGGAAGACCGUCGAGACAUGGUCAUUGACUGGCAAACUAGGCCAGACAUAUUCGUGUUUUUGCUUAGUACGCGUGCCGGUGGGUUGGGCAUCAAUUUGACUGCAGCCGACACUGUCGUCUUCUACGACCACGACUGGAACCCAUCAAAUGAUGCGCAAGCAAUGGAUCGCGCCCAUCGUUUGGGGCAAACGCGUCAAGUGACCGUGUACCGACUGAUUACUCGUGGUACCAUCGACGAGCGGAUUGUCCAGAUGGCGCGGGUCAAGAAAGAUGUCCAGGACAUUGUUGUGGGCAACAAAACCUUCACUGAUGUCACCAAACCCAGUGAAAUAAUGCAAUUGCUGCUCAACGAUGAGCAGCUUGCCAAUUUGGAUGUCACAGCCAAGACAAACGGUCAAAACCCCACACCAGUCACCGCAGAAGCGAAGGAUUUGUGGAAUGAGGAUGGUGAUGAGUUUUUCGGACAUUCGGGAGCACCUACAGCAGCAGGAACGGAAAUGGGAGAGGAGGAAAAUAAUGUUCCUGCAUCUACCCGCGGCAAAAAGCGCAAGGUUGGCACGCGUGGACGGGCCAAGUUGAAGGAUGGGCAAGAAGAAGAAGUCCCAGCUGAAGCCUGUCGUGCGCGGGUUCGCCACCACUUCGGUUCCAAAGAAGCAGCAGCGCUGCACCGCAAAAAGCCUCAACCUCAGAAACAACAACACUCUCGCAAACAGCGGUCCCAGAAGCAGCAAGACGCGUCGGAUGACCUGGCCCCUUCAUAUUCUUCCAUCAUUUCAUCUGGUCAAGCCAACGAGUUCGACCCGGAAGAACAAUCGCUCCAAAAUUUAGUAGACAAGCAAGAAAAGAUUGAAAAGGAAAUUUCUAGAACAGUAAAGGUGAUUGAAAUGGAAAGGCGGUUUGCCAAAAGUCUUCCACGACUUGAACUGGAUCCUGCGGUCACAGAACGCAUUAUCGAACUCGCCCUCGACACGUACGCAACUGAUGGCUUAGGUCAUAAAGGUCUGGAACAGCCACUAGUGGAGGACAAGCUCAUCGGCAAACUGGCAACCACGUAUGGCGUGUUACGGAGAUUAGGUUUCACAGAAGAGCGAGUCGAAGAAUGUCUCCGGGCAAUCGGAGGCGUUGAUUUAGAAGAGGCUUAUGACUGGCUUUGCCUUCGCUGCCCAGACGAAGAAAUAGAAACUUUGGAUGCGCCAGAACCUAUCGAGCCUCGCACCCCAAGAACUCCUUACGGUCCUUCCACUAGGAUCCCCCCUACACCACGUACACCCUCCCAAUUCCUGACCCAGUGGCCAUCAACUCCCCCACUUAUCACUCCCUCUCGUCUCGACGCCAAUGCUCCUAUCUUCAUUCCCUCUCGCUUCCAGUCUGAUGGCCAAGUUGUCAAUGUAGACAAGGACCCCGAGCGUGAACGCGCGAUCAUCAAGGCGCAUAUUCUGAAUAAUCUCGACCACGAUUCAUCCGACUCCGGUACUGACAUGGAGGAUCCUGCUGCCGCAUACGUGAAAAUAAAGUUGGAAAUGGACAAACUUCAAGGUCGUGAACGCUCAACCCUGAAACAACUGCAGUCGCGAUUGGAGGAAGUUAGAAACAACUACUUCUUCAAGGAGAAGGAUGCAGAAGCACGCUAUCGUUUGGAGCGUGACAAGGCAGAUGCCCUCGCUCUCAAGGCAAGACUGCAAGGCGUCUCAGUUGAAGCUACUGAUCCACCCACAUCAACCGAGCAACGACCUCCCUCUGAUCGACCAACGUCAACCAAAAAACGACCUCCAAAUCUUCAACCUGUAAUCGCUCCGGAACCUACCCCAGAACCUGUGCCUGAGGGACUACCAGAUAUAUUCGAUGAAGAUGCGGACGACUCAGAGGGGGGCAUUUUUGGUGCCCUCGAAGAAAUGCCUAGCACCAUUACGACCAACCAAGGCUCCGUAAUCGUCGUUCGUGAUAUGGAACUUCCGAAACAUUUCUCGGGUCGUACACCGAAAACUUUACUGGCGGAGACCGUAUCCAAACGGGACAAAUAUGCUGCUGUCACCUACAGUCUGAUCUCAGGCGGUAGUCGAGCCGCUCGAGCCGGUGUUAGUAUUCGUUGGGCCACAAAACAAACUGACGAAUUCACCAUGGACGACGUGGCAUGCCAUUCUGACAAUCAAGCUGAACACUAUAUUGCAACUGUGGCCUUGCAUCAGUUGACCUUUCCCUCUCAUGACUCUUUCACUGUCACGAAUUCUAACGGCACCGCGACAUUCUUUCGUUUGCUCCCUGCGGUAUUUCGAGACCUUUGGGAAGAGCUUGAGACUGCUAGGAAAGCAAAGGCAGAUGCUCUGGACCGUCAAGUUUGGGCAAAGAUGCGUUCCAUCAUUGAGCCCAAAUUGGAGGUUGAACCAAAGUUGAUUGGCAAAACCAUGAAAGACGCAAUCGACAACGACUCAACGAUGAGUCAUCGGAACCAUACCUUGAAUCGAGAGACAUUAUCGGAACAGUUGGCUGCUGGUUUCCGUGCGCGACAAGCUUCAACACCAUAUCAGGACAUGCUAGUGCAUCGAAAUCAGCUGCCCAUUGCUGCGUAUCGCGAAGAGAUCAUUCAAACUUUGGAGGAGUCUCAGAUCCUUGUUCUCAGUGGCGAAACAGGAUGUGGUAAAUCAACGCAAGUUCCUGCCUUCAUCUUGGAAGACCAACUUUCGCGUGGAAAGCCCUGCAGAAUCUAUUGUACUGAGCCUCGCCGCAUUUCGGCCAUUUCGUUAGCACAACGAGUUUCUCGUGAGCUGGGUGAUGCUCCAAAUGCAGUUGGUACCACGUCGUCGCUGGUUGGAUACUCUAUCCGUCUCGAGUCGAACACUUCCAGAAACACUAGGCUCACUUUCGUCACCAACGGUAUUGCUUUGCGCAUGCUGGAAGGAGGAACUGGAGCGAGUGGCCAGGGAACAGCGUUUGAUGAGAUCACGCAUAUCAUCAUUGAUGAAGUUCAUGAACGUACCAUCGAAUCCGACUUUCUUCUUAUUGUCCUCAAAACCCUGAUGCACCAACGCUCUGAUCUAAAGAUUAUCCUUAUGUCAGCAACUGUCGAUGCAGACAAGAUAUCUGGUAUGCGUUCACAAUCCCCGUUUGCCCUGGAUUCGAACAAAGUGACAGAGUUCUUUGGAAACUGUCCUACCCUUCAAGUCCCUGGCCGAACUUUCCCUGUCACUUCCCAUUUCUUGGAGGAUGUUAUCGAACUCACGCAUUGGGAAUUAACCGAAACAUCCCCACUUGCCCGACGUCAACACGACAAAUUUUAUCGGCGCAAGAACGAAUGGUCAGAGGACCAUGGAGGUAUCGCCGAAGAUGAAGAUGAAGAAGACGCGGUUCACGAGAACGUCAAACUGGAAAAACGCUACUCUGCUCGUACCGCAGCGACCAUCAAUCUGCUCGAUGAACGGCUUAUGCCAUUUGAGCUGAUUGUGAGGUUGCUGGAGGUAUUAUGUUUCGAAGACAUAAGUCUCCGACCAUACUCUGCGGCUAUUCUCAUCUUCAUGCCCGGAAUUGGCGAUAUCCGGCGGUUGAAUGACAUUCUUCAGGAACACCCCGCGUUUGGUAACGGCUUCAAGAUAUAUCCGCUGCAUUCAACGCUGUCGAGCGAAGACCAAGGCGCCGUCUUUGAUGUGCCUUUUGGAUGCCGCAAAAUUGUCAUUGCGACCAAUAUUGCCGAGACUGGAAUCACAAUUCCGGACAUAACCUGUGUUAUAGACUCCGGGAAGCACCGUGAAAUGAGAUUCGAUGAAAAACGACAGAUUAGUCGUCUUAUCGAGACUUUCAUCGCGCGUAGUAACGCAGCACAACGAAGAGGCCGAGCCGGACGGGUCCAAGCAGGAUUGUGCUUCCACCUGUUCACCAAGCUGCGACAUGAUACGCAGGCAUAUCCUCCGGUCGCAGUCAAUGUCCAAAGAGCGAUAGCUAUGCUUGUUGAGGUUGGCGCUUUGACAGCAUCCCAAGAAAUCACGCCUAUGGGCCGCUUGUUAAGCAAGCUCCCGACCGAUGUACACCUCGGCAAAUUUUUACUGACUGCGACUCUAUUCAAAUGCUUGGACCCAGCGCUGACGAUCACUGCAACUUUAAAUGCAAAAUCUCCAUUCAUCACUCCAUUCGAGCACGAACAAGAAGCAGAACGUGCAAAGCUAGCAUUCCGCGUUGACAAUUCUGACUUUCUCACCAUUCACAAUGCGUUCUCGGCUUGGAGAAGAACGGAAACCUCUCUCGCCCGACAAUUCUGUCGCAAGAACUAUCUGAGUCACCAGAAUCUUCAACAAAUCGAAGAUCUUCGUCAACAAUUUCUGGGCUAUCUCAUAGACUCAGGCUUUGUGACUGUGGAUAGGUUGUUUGUGCGUGAGCUGUCUCGUGCGCGGGGCAAGCACAAAACUCGCUUUGUGUUUGUCCCUGAGGAGCUUGAUGUCAACUCGGGCAACGUUCAUCUACUGAAUGCGUCUCUCGUCGCGGGAUUGUUCCCCAAAGUCUUGUUCAUCGACCCUGCAAAUGGACAAAUGCGAACAAUUACCAAUAACCAAGUCGCCGCCUUCCAUCCAUCCUCCAUCAACUUUUUGCGGCGACCCACUGAUUUCGGCGUAAAUCACCUGGUCUAUUUCACUUUAAUGCAGUCCAAGAAACUCUACGCCUGGGAAACAGGUCCUGUUGAUGAUAUUGCGAUGUUGCUGCUCUGUGGGGAAGCAGAUUUCAAGCUUGCGUCCAAUUCGGCAUUCAUCGAUCGGAAAGUCAAGUUCCAAAUUCCACCGCGAUGCAAUGCCGCACUCAAAGUCCUAAGAGCGCAUAUCGUAUCAACUCUCGCCAUCCAAUUCCGUAGCAGACCUUUGACGGAGUCUCAAGUCUUAUGGAACGAACUUGCGCUGUCUGUGUUGGGUAAAGAACAGAUGUAA